AUGGUACCUUUCAUUAACCUUAAUGCUACAGGUGGCCGAAAUAUUAACCAGUAUGGACGUGAAUUCACUAAUGGACGUCCAUUGCCUGACCAUCUUCGGGUUCAAAUUCUUCAACUGGCUCUCCAAGGUGUCCGUCCAUGUGAAAUCAGUCGGCAAUUGCAAGUAUCGCAUGGAUGUGUAAGCAAAAUACUCAAUAGAUACCGGAAGACUGGUAGCAUCAAUCCCGGUCAGAUCGGUGGCAGCAAACCUAAAGUGACCACACCUGAUGUGGUCAACAAAUUAACUGGCUGUGAUGAAAUUGAAGAAUCAAUCCUUCAGAGAGCUUACUACAUUGGCCAAUUACCAACCCAGCUUUCUGCGGAAACUCUCUCAACUGCAGCCUCAAUGGCACAGUCUGCAUUUUACAAUGUGAUCAGUCCCCAUUCUGCUUCUUCAUCAAUUUACAACAAUAGUGUGCAUUCACAGGCUGAUCUAAAGAAUGGCGACAAUAAGCCCAUCACCAGUCCUAGUUUGACAAUGCAUACGAGUUCCCAACGGAGACCAAAGUCUUCAGAUGGCGUUUCUGACAACACCUCCACUAGCCACCAUGCCUCGGACUCUUGCAACUCUAAAGGUGGAAGUGUUGAAACCACGCACAAGAGCACGCCGUCGCUAUCCACCAAGUCGGAGAGGUUGCAGGACGUCAUCACCCACCUGUUCAAUCAGGCAUCAGCCACGUAUUCAUCGGUACAGAGCACACUGCCAACCUCUCUGUCUUCAGUUACCGAAAAAAAUUCUGGUCUUUGCGAUAAGUCCGACUCCAGUUCUGUAAGCUCUUUGAGCAAGAAAAGCGACAUGCCUACGGCUUCCACGUCUGGAAAUCCGUCUGUACUGAUCUCUCACUCUUUGACACACAAAGGCGUGUCGAUUGCCAAUUCUGAGAUACCAAAUUCUUCCAGUAGCGCCGAGAAUGUCCUCGGCACCAGAAGUAAUACAAACUCUCCACUUCGGGGUGCAGUUUCUGCAAAACCAGUCUCGAAUUCUGACCAUGGACGUUCAUCGUCAAGCAAAGGCUCUGCAUCCGGCUCGAUAAAGUCACCCGAGCCUUUGUCUGGUGCUAACCGAGCUGCAAAUGUAGCAGGUCCGUCAAAAAUGUCAUCUGCAAUGCCUAUUGGUUUUGACAAGUUUGGUGCCGUCUACUAUGACUACAGUCUACCUGACCGUGGCUUGGGUCAGACUCGCCCUAGCCGUAAUGUGACCAUUUCACCCUCGUGUAUGAGUCCCGCGGCUUCUGCUGUCUGCUUCUACCCAAAUGGUUUGCCCUCAAUAAAGACACCUGUCGAUUUCUCUGCAUGUAGUCCAAGUCUUGACAGUUCUGGUGCUGCCACUCCCCUUGAUCUGUCGGCAUCAGCUUGCAAGGAGUCUGCAGUACCUAGUCCUCAUCGUAAAUCCUCUAAAGCAUCUGAAAAAUUAACCGAGGUAAGACGUAACACCCCAGUGUUGGACGAGUCUCUUGACGAAGUCAAAACGCCGCUCUCUUCUCGUUCUGUUAGUGUGGUGACUAGUACCCCAACACCACCGCCAGCAUCACUUGCAACUGUGUCCGGGGAAAAACAGGAUGUUAGCCAGUCAAAAGCCACCGUGCCAACACUGAAGACACCGUACGAGAGGCACUUCCUCAUUUUCGGAGAUAAUGAACUCGAGAUUAUUUCUGUCGGCAAGAACAAAUGGAUUGUCCGUAAUGAAUUGGAACUCUGCAGAAUUGCCAAGGAAGAAGUGAAGAAACUUGGAAGCCCUAGUCCAGAAGAAUCAUGUUCAAAGUCUUCAACUGAUAAGAGACAUUUUUGUAAGCACUCUGCCAAAGUUGUCUGUUCAAAUACAGACUCUUGUAGCCAUCUUAACCAUUCAUCUGGGGACAGUUCGGCCUGCUCUGGUUUUAAAUGUUCCCAGAGUUCAUGCUGCUCAUCGCCCAAAUCUGCAUCACCUCAGAAUCCUCCAACUGCUACUAGCCCCAAAGACCAAAAACCUGCUUGUUCCAAUCAUAAAAGAGCUAACGAUUCACCUGGUGAAUUCAACAGCAUCGCUGCUAAAGUUCCUCGAAGUUCUUCUCCAUUACCAUACAGUGUCACUGCUAGUCCCAAAACUAAUUCUGUGUGUAACGACAUAUCAACUCCAAGCAAUGGUGCCGAUGCUAGCACCACUGUUGAGGAUUCCUCUGUCCUGAGUACACAGUCCAAGAGCGCCUCAAUAGUGUCAAACGACUGCUUGUCAGCAACGAACUCGAGCCCUUUGGGUGAGGAAGAAACCCGGCAGGGUGAGGCUGUGUCGUCUUGUGAAGAGAGCACUGAGAUGGCAGUGGCACCAGUUUUGUCAUCCGAUAGUGAAGGCAGUUGA